CAUCUCCAAACGCCAACCCACCGUUUCCCCACACCACAGUGUGGCCAAGGGACUUUCAGCCAACUCACUCAUUUCAGAAUGCAGACUCCUGGUUUCGCCAAAUGCACAGUCCUUGUAGAUUUAGCAAACCUUGUAUGGCUGGUGCUCCUCUGGAAGUGGUGUUCUGGGUCACUUUCUGGUUUUUAUCUAGUAUUUUUCACAGAGGUGUUUUUUUGCCCUGUUUCACCUAGUCGCCAUCUUAGGUUCUCCUGAAACAUGAUAAGUUAAAGAGUAAAUGAAAGCCCCUGGUCAACUGAAUCCUAAUAAGAGUACUGUGUAAUAAUUUGGCCUUGGCUUCAAAACAAUUCUUUCCAUGAACUGGUACUACUUUGGGUCAAGAGAAAUUGUGCAAAUGAUAUAGUGAGCACACAUGGCCUUUCCUAUAAAAAUAUGAAACAGAAAAAAACUUAUCUGCUUCAAAGAACCAUUAAUGCUAUAAUGCCAAAUUUGUUUAACACAUUUAUCAAAAGCCUAACAUGCAAGUUUCUCCUUAAAAACUGGAGAAAAAUAAUGGUAGUGGGGGGAGGGUGGUGGGCAUGGUAAAAAAAAUCAAAGACUUAAAACACCUAAAUGUAAUUACUGGAAAAAGUCUACAAUUGUCCUGAUAAUAGACCAAUUCUUUUGCAUAAUCGUCUGCCUCCCUUUCUUCAUUCUUUCCUACCCCACUAGUAACUUUAUGAGAAGCAAACAUGCUGUAGUCCUGCCUGUUGUGUGGUAGAUUACCUUCCAAAACCAAUAUGCAGAGCUCCUAAAGCACAAAUUCCUAACAGUUUUUAAAGUGACACCUCACUAUUUGAUUUCCUCGGAACCAUCUUCCCUAACUUCCCUACUUUUCUCUCUAUACUUCCCAGCUCCAUCCUCCUCUAAAAAUAGUCUAUGGGAAGGUUUUUUUUAAAAGUUAAAUUGCAUUUGUUGAAUAUCAAUCAUGGAUUCAGAAAUCCUCUGGUGAGAUAUGGUUAACACAUAAAAAGGGAACAAUAUGUGCAAGUUUGUUUACAAUUUGUAGUUGACAAAUUGUUUAGUUUAGAGAAGAUACACAUAUUCAUAGAAGGGGGGAAGGUUGGUAGGAUUUGUGUAGGUAAAGAUGAUAGUAGGCCAUUCCAAGUUCAGGAAUAGCUUCAGUGAACAUUUAGAGUAAGUAAUAUCUUAGAAAUCCAAAAUAAGGAGAUGCCUGAUUGAAGUCAAAGUUUGCCUCAUGAUACAAAUAAUUCAGAAGACAAAAAAAAUGGAUAGGUAGGAAAAUGCCUUGAUGAGUAAGCAGAGGACUUGGGGUUGAUUCUGGCUUAAAAAGAGUCUGGGGAGUUAUGAGUGGUGAUGGUAACCUUUAGGAAGGUGCAUCACUUUGGACAAAUUAUUUAAUCUCUGAAUCUCAGUUUCUUUGUCAGUCAUAUGAGGUUAUUGGGAUUAAAUUAGAUAAUUCAUGAAAAAGAAUCCAAUGCCUGGUACAUAGUAAAUGGUCUAGUUAUCUCAUUUUUUUUUUUUUACAUUAAUGUAUAUGUAAGGAGAUUGUACCACCUAUCUUGAUGUGAAGAUGUGAGGGCUUAAACUCACAUAGUAAACAGUUGUUGGUAGUGAAUAAGGGGUAAGUGGGUAUUUCAAAAGAAGAAUCAGAAGGACUUGGUUCCUAAUUUGAGUAAAAUAUAUGAAGUGAAAGAGUCGAAGAAACGGAAUAAAGUGAGAUUGCUGGCAAAAAAAAGAAGGAAUGAAGGAAGACUUAGGGGGUACAAUUAGUAUUUAGAAAAUGAUGAAAUUGAAGUAAUAACAGCCAACUAUAUGAGCUGGUAAUUAGAAAUAGGAAGUGAAAGCAACAGGUGGACAGGGAACUAACCAGAUAAACUAUAAGAGAAGUAGAAAUGUUGGUGUCGCCAAAUCCAAAGAAGAAAAGCUUUGGUGAGGGGGGAAAGAGGUGGUCAGAAUUGUGCACUAUGGACCUAGAGGGGGUGGAAGAGAAUUAAGACCAAAGAAAGGUCUUUGGAUUUAGCCAGAAGUUAUUAGUAACUAUGGUAGGCAGAAAAUUACUGCUGCACCUCCCCAAGGUUGUCCACAUCCUAAUUCCUGGAAUCUGAAUAUGUUAGGUAAAUGGCAAAGGCCUGGAAGCCAGGGCCUAUCUGUGCCAAGAAAUCCAUUAUAUUUCCCAGUCUGGCAACAGAAUUGAUUAUGACCCUAGAUAACCUUAUCCAUCUUCAGACACAGUAUGGCAAAUGAAGAGGAGGAGGGCGCGAGCAGUGGACAGAGAGUAAACACUUUUCUCCUUUUUCCAUAACUAACAAAUAGUCCCAUUGUUAUCAGAGCAACACAAAACGGAAGUGGUAAUAGCAAAAGUGAAUAAUACUUAUUUAUCAGGCACUGUUCUAAACUUCUCCAUUUAUAGUAAUUUAUUUAAUCUUUACCAUAAUUUUCUGAUGUGGAUACACCAUUAUUACAGAUGAGACCCUGAGGCACAGAGGUUUCCCUGACUCACCCAUGGGAUGGUUGCCAUCCUGUACUUUUGUUUAAACUGAUACUUUCCCUUCAACAUUUUAUUUUGAAAAUUUUCAAAGCUAUUGAAAAUUUGAAGGAACAGUUCAAUGAACACCCAUAUACUCUUUUUCUAGAUUGACCAAUGGCAACACUUGCCACAUUUACUUUAUUUCCAUUUGUGUGUGAUAAUUUGAAAGUAAGUUGUAGGCAUCAUGACACAUCAACAUUCCUUGUUUUGUUGAAUCAGAUAAUCACUGAUAAAGGACUUCUGAAUCCUUGACUUUUAAAAUUCAGAUAUUCACUGAUAUUGGACUUCGUAUUUAUGAGAAGCCAACAAAGAAAGGGAUGGGACAGUCGAAAUUGUGUGGGAAAGUCAAGUUGGUCUAAAUAUCUAAUAGCUAGCUAUGUGCCCGGCUCUUUACCUAUAUUAAGCUCCUUAAUUUUUAUGACAACCCUAUGAUGGAGGUAACAUACCCAUUUUAUAGAUAACCUCAGAUAUAAAGAGGUUGACCAAGUAUCUCGCCCAGAGUCACCCAACCAGUAGGAAUAGAAACCUAGGCAGUCUGAUCCCAGGGUCUGCACCUCUUAUCCACGUUGUGCCUGCGUAUAUCUUUUCUGAAAAAAAAAGUACGGAUUUAAGAGUUUCUGCCAGCAAAGUGUCUUCCUCGCAAAUCACGUUUAGUAGGAAAUAUUUCCUUGGGUAUCUAACUCAAAACUAUUUUUAGUUUCGUUUCGUCAUGGCUUUCUCCCCCCGCCCCCCCCCCCCCUUUUUUUUCGUAAACUGAUAACCCAAAUCUGGAUGGGAGGUAAGGAUGACUGUGGGAAGGGGAUCGCAGGAUAUUGCUUGCGGCCCGCGGCCCGGUGAAUUCUGGGAGUUGUAGUCUCCCGGGGCAUUCGCGUUUCUGGUCGCGGCAGAAGCCGACAACGCUCCCAGAAGCCUCCUGUUUGCUGGGAACACACUUCCUGGGACGCUAAGAGGGAGACGCUCCAAGAGGCUUCUCGCUGUGGGCAAGUAAAAUGCCUUGGAUGUGAGAAGCAGGUUGUUGUGAACAACAUUGUGCAUAAUGACUUUAAUGGGGCUAGUGAUAAAUACCUUAAUCCAGGAAGUUCCCAGGCAUUUACAAGUUUUCAUUCUCAUCCUUCCUGUUUGAAUUACAUAGUAUUUGAAGAGGAAGUUGCUGGUGCUUAAAAAAGAUGGAAACCUCUUAAAAUGCCAGGUCCAGAUCAUCUCUACUGUGAAUUCAGAUGUGCACUUAAAUUUCUUCUAAGUUGAUUAAAGGUAUUUUAGAAUUAUCAGAUACCUCAAAGGGUAAGUACAUCCCUCGAUUAUGUCUUGUCUUCCUGCCAUCAUGUGUCAGCCAAUAAUGACACUUUUUUUCUUGUUCAACAAAAUAAAGGUGAGGACAUACCUUCCUUGUGAGUGCAGCGAUUGAUGAUUUAUAGUUUCAAACCAAAUUAUAGGUAGAAGGGACUGCCGAUGUUCCCAUCCAGAAUCCAGUAGCUGUUAGACAUGUGUUCUCAUGUAGCUAUUCCUUGAAAUUGUCCCUGAAAAGAUGUUUCGUAAUGGCUUAGUGAAUUCCUAAAGUUCUUAACCAUAGUCCCUUCUCCAGGCUUCAUUGAACUCUUCAAACCACAGAAAAGAUAUCCCUUUGAAAAUAUUCUUAUUCAAAGGGAUAUGUUUGCUAGCCUUUAAUUGCAUACCAAAUUUUAUCCAUCUCCUUCUCUGAAAGUCACAUACUUGUAUUGAAACAGAGUCCUCAUUUGAUUUAGUCAAUAACUUUUAAACAGAAUGCUCCGUCAUUAUUGUUACAUCACUCUAAUCAUCUGUGGUUGUUUGCUAAGAGUCUAGGAGAAAAGCAGUUCCUAGCUGAAGAUCAAUAAGCCUACUGAUAAUCAUUACAAACAUACAUUUCUGACCAUAUUUUGGUUUACAAAGGUCUUUGCUCUUCAUGAUAUUUAACUACCUUGUGAGACAUUCUACAGAUGAGAAAUUUGAGGUUCAGAGGUGAUAGAUGACUUGCCCAGUUUGUAACUGGUAGGUUAUGACUGUCAUUUGGGUCUUCGGUCUCUUGGGCCCCAAACCAAGCUGCCUCCCAGAUGAAAACAGCAAAGCCUGCACAUCUACAUCUGUAUCUAUGACCCAGAUAUGGGCCCAGGGGGAAGAGGGAGAGGUUGAGGCCUAGAAGCUAUCAGCAUUCAAACAUCAAAAUUAUGGAGUUAGACUCCACAAUACAGCCAGGCACUGUGCAAGUUUCUCACAGUAUGUGGAGGAGACAGACAGGUGAGCAAAAACCAACACGUUGCUGAAUUCCUGCGCUUUGUUGGCAUCAUUAGUAGCCUUUUCCAGUAUAAACAUUCUCAGACUUGCACUAGAGUUUCCAUUGCUGGACCAAGGUGUUUGGUUCCUAAAAUUAAGCAAGAUAGUCUUUUCCUAAAUUGCAGGAAAACAAAUAAAUUAGGACUCUAAGUUCCUUGUUUUAAGUAUUUCCUCCAUAAAAUUUUCUUAAACCUUUUCUUAAACUAUAGCUUCUUCUGGUAAUGUUAACAGAAGACAACAUGAUAAAUAAGUAGUAAACUAAUAUUAAUGGAGGAACAGCUAAAUGUGCUUAACUUGAGGACUUGUAAAAAGUCCUUGUGCUUAACAUAGGCAUGGUAUUUUCCAUAGUAAAAUUAUUUCUACUUCAUAUGAUUGGUUUAUAUACACAGAUGUCAUAUUGUCUUCUAAAGAGCAUUGUACCCUCCCAUCUGAACACAGUUGAGAAUCAUGUCCUAACCCAGUUUCCUAGAGCCUUUUUGUCUUGGUCUUCUUUCUUAAAUCCUUGAACUUCUAGGACUGCUGCUCCACCUUCUCAACAGAUAAUAUUUGACUUGCAAAAGAUGAUGGAUUCUCUAAAUAUUACGUUUUUGUAUCCCAGAAUAAAAGAUAUUCUCAACCUUGUGCCUUCUUCAUGCUUUGACCAAAAACUGUACAUGUGCUUGCUACUUGACUAAAAUAGUGUUUUCUGCUGCCUCGUGGUGGGUAUGAUGGAAGGCAGAGAAAAUAUAUUUGAGUGUUGUUUUGUGAUUGUUUCAAGGCCUUUGAAGAAAUUAAAACUGAAUAAAGUAUUAUUUUUUUAUAGUUUGUCAUAUAUAGAAAAAGUUUUUAAAUUUGGGAUGAAUUAAGAGCCUGAGUACUAUUUUUCUUUUUCUUACAAUAACAUUAAUAGAGAUGGGUUGUCUGUACUUGAAAAAUCUCUGAAUUCAUCAUUUAUGAACAUUAAUAGUAUAACAACCAACAAGUGCUAUAGAUUUCCCUGAAAAGGACUCAGUUCUUUUUGAAUUGGACAGGAAGCAGUUGAGCAAAAUGGACUUUCAGGGGCCUUUGUUCUUUCCCUAUUUUCAUUUGACUAAUUUACUGGAGAUGAGCCCAUUUACAUCUUAUAAUUUCCCAUAGUGCCUGGUAUAUAGGACUAAGAUCAGUUUGCUUUUUCUUAUUUAACACUCAUUCAACAAAUGGUCAUCGAACUUCUCCUGGGUACCAAGCUCUGAGCUGGUCACUGAAUGCUAAGCACUAGUUAACACUUGCAUUGCACUUAGUAGGUGUCAGACCUUUUCUAAACACUUUACAUUACAUUAACUAAUUGAAUGCUUAAAACGGCCCUGUGAGGUAGGCACUAUUUUCCCAUUUUACAGAUGUGGAAAAUGAGGCACAGAGAAGUUAUGGAGCUGCCUGAAGGUCCCUCAGCUACUAAGUUAAGAAGUGGGGAUUAGAACUCAAGCAGUCUAGCUGAGUCUGUUCUCAAGCAUUCUCCUGUCCUGUAGUGCUUCUCUCCCCUCACCUUUGUCUUUUAUGAGCUUUCCUUACUUCGGCUGCAUGCUAGUCUUGUGAGCAUUUGAGUCUGAACUUGUUUUUUUUUGUGGCUUAGUGAUGGUUGAUGAGUGCCAUGAUGUUUGCUAUGUAUUUGAGUACCUGACACAAAAAGUAAUAUUCAGUACAUGUGUGUUGAAUGAAUAAUUGACAACCAAGAGAAUUUUAGAUAUAAUAAGGGAAUUUGAAAUUAUUUGUGCUGUUCCUCUGACUAGCUGUGAAGAAAAUGAGUCAUGUCCCUGCAUACUUUAAGGCUUUAGUCGCUACCUGACCCAGUCAGUGAUAGACGAGUGUGCGUGUACACCUGUGCUCAGAGGUUAACCUCACAAGCAGUUAUAUAUGUUUGUAUAGUACAUAGAAAACAAGGGACAGGAUUUCUUUCCUUGCAUUGACAUUUCAUCGUUUGUUGUAUGGCUAAUAGGUACCACCCCUUCCUCCUCUGCUCUCUUAUUGCCCCCUCAUGAUUUGUUCUCUUGUGUGUUACCCCCUAGUCUGACUGACAGUGCUGCACAAGCCUGCCUGCCAUGGGCUGUCGGGAUGUCCACGCAGCCACAGUUCUCUCCUUCCUGUGUGGAAUCGCCUCUGUGGCAGGACUCUUUGCAGGGACUCUGCUUCCCAACUGGAGAAAACUGAGGUUGAUCACAUUCAACAGAAAUGAGAAGAACUUGACCGUUUACACAGGCCUGUGGGUGAAAUGUGCCCGAUACGACGGGAGCAGUGACUGCCUGAUGUAUGACACUACUUGGUACUCAUCAGUUGACCAGCUGGACCUCCGGGUCCUCCAGUUUGCCCUGCCCCUCAGCAUCCUGAUCGCAAUGGGUGCCCUGCUGCUCUGCUUGAUUGGAAUGUGUAACACGGCCUUCAGGUCUUCAGUGCCCAACAUCAAACUGGCCAGGUGUCUGGUCAACAGUGCAGGCUGCCACCUGGUGGCCGGGCUGCUGUUCUUUCUGGCAGGUAGUGUGAGCCUCUCCCCAUCCGUCUGGGUCAUCUUUUAUAACACACAUCUGAACAAGAAGUUCGAGCCAGUCUUUGCGUUUGACUAUGCAGUGUAUGUCACUAUCGCUAGUGCUGGGGGUCUGUUUAUGACUUCUCUUCUACUGUUUAUUUGGUAUUGUGCAUGCAAAUCUUUACCUUCUCCUUUCUGGCAGCCACUGUACUCCCAUCCUCCCACUAUGCAUACCUAUUCCCAGCCCUAUUCAGCACGCUCCCGCCUUUCUGCCAUUGAAAUUGAUAUUCCAGUAGUUUCACAUACCACCUGAUGGGGAAAUUAAUUGUUAAAGAGAAUUCUUCAUGUAGCCUCAUAUUCCCCUUGUGCACCACCUAUUGCAAGGAGCUUUCUUUUUUUUUGACCCAGAAUCAUUUUCUUUUGUUCCUGACCUGUCAGUGAAGCCCAAUGUAUAUGUCAUGGUAGAAUGAAGUGCUGCUAGUUUUUAUGAAAAGUACAUUAUUUUAAAUGUGAAUCAUUCCUUUUAUCUUGCUUCUUACACUGGAAGGAUUUUUAACCUCCAUAUUGAUAUUUGAUCAGUUAUUUAAGUAGAAAAGACCUAUGUCUCAAUUGAGGUGAUUUAGUACAACAUGGUAAAGUGAAAAAAUGAUGGCUAAGAGAAGCUGUUGUUUACAAUCUUUAUGAAUAUUUCAGAGUGUGUAUUGUUUUUUUUCUGUAAUAAACUAGGAAAAAAGCAAUUUCAGAUAUAAGAAAUUUCUUUCAGAUAAGGGUUAUAUUUUAACAGUAGUCAGUCUACUAGUCUAAAGCUAUAACUUUUCUUACUGUAUUGUUAGGCUUAGGUAUUUUGAAGAUUACUUUCUUUUGUGAGUUCCUUAUCUUCUACCUCAUGCCAGUGUUUAAAAAUAAAAUGCAUUUUAAGUGAUAUCAGAGAGAAUAGUUUAACAUUUUAAAUACCUAUUAUGGAUAACAUCUAACAUUUAAAAAGUUGUUGAUUCUAUAAAUUGUGUUAUUGAAGUUAAGACAUGCUGUGUGAUGGUUUGAUGUUUUUUCUGAGGCAGAAAAACCUUUUUUCUAGAUCCUAUCCACAAAGCUGUAUUCAUGCCCACAUAUAAUCUCUUAUUGGGUAAGAGAAGGAAAUAAAGGGGUCCCCGUGGUUUAUUUUCUUCUAGCCACGGUGGUAGGGGAUCAGAGUCUGUUCCUCAUUGACAGUACAACAUCGGAGAUUCACAGUACUGACUGUCCUUUGAGUGAUGAAUGAUCUAAGAUACAGCUUCACCAUGACCACAUCCACCCGAUUCACUUCCUGCCACAUCACUGAUUAUUUCAUUGAGCACAUAUCUCUGCCCAGCAUUUUAGUAGAUGCCAUAGAUCCAUGAAAAGUAUGAGAUCUAGUUAUAUCCAGUAAGAAAUUUUAAUCUGACAGAGAAGAUCAAACUGUUACAUGACAAUCAGGGGACAGUCUGACUUCCUUGGGCAGCUGGUGUUAACUUCUCAGUCAUUGAUCCAGAAUACAUGUCAAUCAGAGACAUGGCUUUCUGGAAGUCAGGUUUGUUGUACAACACCAGCAAUAUCCCAGUCCCAGAUAAUUCAGUUUGCUUCAAUUUAUCGACUCUUUAGAGCACCUGUCAUAGCCAAGAUACUGUAAUUGCAUUCCAUAGGAUACAUGAGAAGGGACGAAAGUGAUAGAGAAAUUAAAGUGUUCCCUUUCCUCUGAAAAUAUGGUGAUGUACUGAGGACAGACGAAUUUUUAAAUCUCUUCUAAUGGGGGAACAAUUAGAUUAAACCAUGUUAACACUAAGGUGAAAGCUUAGAAGUUCAGGGAUACUGGGUUUUUAUCCUUUGAAAUUUGAGCUGCUUUUUAAAUUGGUGUAAUUUGCUACAUGUUAAUACUUUGUUCAUGAGGACUUUGUUCUGUUAACCACUACAGAUUUUACAAAAAGCUAGUUGCAUGACAAACAGAUUAUAAUGCCACCUUUGCAAAUUUGAUUAUAAUUCUGGUACUUGUGUAUGUAUGUAUGUGGUAAAAUUUUGUUUUUUAAAUUCCGACUCUAGUUUAUGUAUAUAGCAAAUAAAUCCAGUUGUAUAGUUUUUAAAUGCCACCAGUAUAAAGCAUGCAAAGCUAUGUUUUUUUUUAGUUAUACCUUCUGAUUUCUUCUAUUCUGAUUCUUUGAACUUUUCUUAGAUGUAGCUGAGUCUUGAUCAUUCCAAGGCAAAGGCAAGUGGAAUUUUGAGAGUAAAUUUUAGUUUUCCUCUUUCCUAAUUAAUUUCAGUCCCUGCUCUCACUGAACUUUUUCCAGAAAAGAACAAUCCUUGUUCAUUGUAUAAAAAAAGAAAAAUAGACCUCGCUAUUAAGAUACUGGACAGUUUUUAGUCCAUGGGAUCAUAAAUAGAAACAUUAAGCUAUUCCUUCAAAAACUUUUUGGCUUUAUAAUCUGUGAAAAUUAGUAUUUAUUAUGGAUUCAUGAGGCAAAAGAAACAGCUGUUUGCCUUAUCCUCUUUUUUCUUUUAUAUUUUUGAUUUGGUAUCAGUAGCUAGUUAUUUUUUAAAGCCACCAAAGGAUAGCAAGUAUUUACAAUUCUUUUUAGUCACUUUUGAACUUUCAUCAGGUUAAUAUGAUGGGGGAUACUGUUUUUUUUGUUGUUGUUGUUGUUAAAAGCCUAUUAAUGUUAAAGGCCUUUUACAGAAGCUGACUUGGAAAACAACCUUAGAUGCGGUAUGAUGCACCAAAUUUGGCUUAUCCAGCCAUGGAAGAAAAAAAGAAACCUGAUUCAACUUUACUCGUAAAUGUACACUAUAAAGGAUAUAUGUUUGCUGUAAACUGCAAUGUAAAGCCUCAACUGCACUCUACUUCUUAAUGUUUAUUAAAAGAUGUAUUUUUACAA